AAUCAACCCAGGAAACGAGUACCGCCCAGGAUCCCACUAUGAAGAAAUUUGAACGGAAAGCGCAGUCAGAGAGGAAACAUGGCCCUCUUUCGGUCAGCUCUGCGUCAAAAGCACCCGUGGCACCACCAAGCGGUCGGCCAGGAUGGAAAGGGCCCAGCUAUAUCAAGAAAGCACCUCGGCAACUUCCCAAACCUUCUUCACCGCAAGGGCCUGCUUCAGUGGUCCAGGAACAGCUUCUCCCGGUUGAGCUGCAGCAACUGGUCCUUGACAUCUUCCGCGACACAUUUCCUGCAUCGUAUGAUUUCGAUGCACUGAAACCCACUCUGCAGGAGAUAAAAGAUGCAUUGAUCCAAAGGAAUUUCGAUAGGGCAUUUGGAAAGGCAGAAUUUCUGGAAGCCUAUGCGAUUCGGUGGAGUCCGAGUCGAGCGCUAGCGUACUCGAAUCUGUUGGCUUGGGUCUGUGGAGAGAGAGCGGAGGAGAUAUGGGUAAAACGGUUGAUAGGCAUCACCAAGGACAGCCCAGCGAAUGUUGUAUGCUUCGGCGGUGGCGCGGCGGAAAUUAUGGCAUUUGCAGGACUUCUACGGCAUCUUCGUGCUGGCGCAGCUGGCAGACCAAAUCCUCCUGAAGACGUCUCCGAGGAGCUGGAAGCACUAUCGAUGUCUGAGUCUACUGCUACUUCGACAUCUACUGCCCUCAACCUCCAUCUUGUCGAUUCCGCGAACUGGUCUUCGGUCGUGUCGAAGCUGCAUGCUGCCCUCACAACCCCUCCAACUCUCUCCAAAUAUGCAAGCGCCGCAGCUCGCGUGGCAAACGCGUCGUUCCUCUCCUCUGACGCUCUGAAGUCCACCUUCACCCAAGGCGAUAUUCUUGAAUCUGGGAUUGAGGAUCUAAGCUCCAUGAUCGGGCCCGAACCGGCCUUGCUGACUCUCAUGUUCACCCUGAACGAGCUUUACACAGCAUCAAUGCCCAAAACAAUAGCCUUCUUGCUGAAACUGACAACGGCAGCACCAAAAGGGAGCCUACUGCUGGUGAUUGAUAGCGCUGGAUCUUGCUCCGAGACUACAAAGAAGAAAUAUCCUAUGUCUUGGUUGAUGGACCACACCAUGUUGUCAAAGAGGGUCAAGAACGGCGAGAGGGACGAAGACGAAGGCGAGGGGGAGGAGACGACAUCGGCGUGGGAGAAAGUUGUGAAUGAGGAGAGUACAUGGUUUAGGCUGGCCGAGAGCCUGAAGUACCCGGUCAGUCUGGAAAACAUGAGGUUCCAGGUGCAUUUGUUCAAGCGUUUGUAGACUCGCACACCUAGUUCAUUGUGAAAGAUCCCUCUACCACUGACGAGCCCGGAUCUGUUUGAGUGAAUUCAAAGAUAUUGCC